AUGUAUGUUUGUGUCCCUUUCUCUCUCUCUCUCUAAGACUUUGGUUUUUGGUCUGAUUUUGGUGAGUGUUGGACUGAAUCUUGGAUAAGAUGAGGAUGGAAGCAUUGGGUGAAGAUGAAGAUGAGCCGUGCUCAUCUUCAACGACGUCGUCGUCGUCGUCGAUCGGAAAAGACAGCGAUGUGUCGUCGGAGACAGAAAGCGGUGAGAAUGAGAAUGAGAAUGAGGCUCAGAGUGCCUUUAAAUAUAAUGGAUCUUUGGACAUGAUGGACUCCCUCCAACAGGUUCUCCCCAUCAGGAGGGGGAUCUCAACGUUCUAUAAUGGUAAGUCAAAGUCGUUCACGAGUCUGGCAGAUGCUGCUACUUCCCCAUCCGUGAAAGACAUAGCAAAACCAGAGAAUGCUUACAGCAGGAGGCGUAGAAAUAUGAUGGCAUUCAAUCAUGUUUGGGAAAAGAAUCGAAACUUACCUCUAACUCUGAGAAGCAACGGUGGUGGCAUUUCCAAGAGAACAAUAAGCUCGAGUCGAAGCGCUGUGGCUCUUGCAUUUGCCAUCAACUAUGACAGCAGCAGUAGUUGUACGAGCGACGAUUCAACUUCAAGCUCAAAUCCGAGGUCACCACCACAUCUACCACCACUCCAUCCGCGAAAUCGACUAGUAUCUAGUGCAACCGCAUCUCCAUCCUCGCCUUUGCACCAGAAUUUCUCUCCCUGGAGAACAAUUUCCUUGGCCGAUCUUCAAAAUUGUGCUACUCUUGCAACAAUAAAGAUGAUGCCCAACACCACCGUGGGUAAUGAAGCAGCUCAUCUAUCGUAAAAAAAACUAACCCAAUAACUCAACUUUGUUUCGACUUCUUUGAAUGAAAUGUCUUGCACAUGUGCUAUUCUUCUUCGUCUAAGCUAGCAGGAGGUUGCAGAAGAAACAAAUCAUAGACUUUUUUUAUUCUGAUCUUAGGUUGACUAUCGUAGGAUAUGGCAGGCCUUGCGAGAGAGAGCACUAACUCCUACCCUUUCGGUUUUUAGUCCUCUAAGAAGAAUUCUAUAUGCCUCUGUAACGUGUAAUUAUUGCAAAUCGUCCGGUGAACUAAGGAAUCUGAUAACACGUCCACGGAUCUAUAAGAUGGACAAUGGCGUACACUAAAUAUCGAGAUUUGUAUCUGGUGGAUCGAUCAUUCUUAUUAGCCAUUACUCGGCUGGUUCCCCUUUUAAGUUGCUACAAAUUUUUCGAAACGUUCCUUGAAGCCAACUCAAGGGAGUAAACUUAAGUUGCUCACCCUUGUCCUUAUAGGCUUGGGAAGUUGGAUUCGGUAUGUGUAUAAUUGAUAUUAUUGUUUAAUUUGUGUGGAGCGAAGAGUAUCUUUGUAUCUAGCAGACUCAAAGGGAAUUUUGGUAAGAGGGGUUUUUCAUUAUGAAGUUGUUUGUGUACAGCUGAUCUUCCAAGUUUUCAAACAAAAAAGUCGGCACCACCACGACAUGCUUAAGGUUAAAAAAGUAACGAGAAAUAAUUAUAUUUGCAACUCGGAAGGACGAAGUUGAGUAUUUACAUCAAUGAAUAAAAUAUUAGUUUCUUUAA